AGACUAAGCCGUUGUCGACCAUCUAUAAGCCAACGUUUCUCGAUUCUGGUGGCCGCCAAGUCAGUCGAAGAGGAAGCACCGUCUAUGGUGACGACCUGGCCCAGCAGAUGGAGGAACGGCGGCAGAAACAGGAGCGAGACAGAAACAAUCUACUGAUGUUCCAGCAGCAGCAGUCAGGCGGCGGAGGGGGACUGGGUUUCGGUGGAGACGGCGGCGGUGGAAGACGGAGACCGCACGUCUCUGAGACGGAUUCAGUCCAGGCCACGCUGCAGCAGCAGAUUGCUGAGAAGAAGCAGCGAGAAGCAGAGAGGAAGAGGAUGGAGGCAGAGGAGGAUGCAGCUCUGAACGCCCGGCUGGAGGAGCAGCAGCGCAAGGUUCGCGAGGAGGCGGAGAGAGAGCAGGAGGCCCGGAAGGCCAAGGAGCGCGGUCGCCUGGAGCGCCAGAGGCUGAUUGAGGAGCAGCAGAAGCGCAGUCACGACGAAGCCGAGGCCAUGAAGAAGGCCGCCCGAGACCGCCGUCAGGGAGCCCAGGGCAGCGCGACCGUCAACGACUGGGGCAGCUGGGCGGCCGACGAUCGCCCGGCAGGGAAGGCAGCGGCCCCUCCGGAGGAGGACCUGUGGCAGGCGCCAGCCGUUGAGGAGUCACCGCCAAGAGCUCCAUCGCCACCGGCCGUCGAAAGCAAACCGGAUACUCCUCCUCCAGAGAUCCACCCAUCGCAGGACACCUCGGAUCUGAAGAUCGGCUUCCGCUGGGACCGGCCACAGACGGAGCGGCCCGAGAUGCGACUCGACUCACCACAACUGGACGACCUCGCCAAGAGAAACCGCGACCGGCAGAGGCGACUCGAGGAGCGUAAAAAGGCGGGGCAGUGAGAGGGAUAUAUACCGGCAGAGGCGAUUCGAGGAGCGCCAAAGGCGGGGCAGUGAGCCGAUCGGGGAGUCGCCAAGGAUAGGCACAGCUAGAGAGAUGUCUUUAAAACCACCCGUUACCGUCCCUGUUGUUGCACUGUGCUGUGUGUUCACACGCGUGACAUGUUUCUGAUUCUGUUGUAUCCAUCAACUCGCUUGUGACUGAGAAUAUAUACUAGAAGGCCAUAACUAUAAUCGCGUCAAAAAGCGGAUGAGCCAUCCUCUGCUCAAAGGACCAAGCAUACUUCCAAUCCAUUCAUUCAAAACCAUCUCCUAUCCCCAACUCAGCAUGGAUUUCGUCAUCGUCACUCGACUGAAACCGCGCUGAUAUCCAUCACCGACCAAAUCCUAUCAUCCAACGACCACGGCGACCUCUCCCUUCUCUGCCUGCUGGACUUGAGCAAAUGCUUUGAUGUGAUAGACCAUCAAAAACUUCUCACUAAACUACAACUUCACGGAGUAGAAACGACAUGGUUUUCGGCCUACCUUCAAAAUCAUACCCAGAGCGUCUGCUUCACAGACAAUCUGGGUAACAUCAAAAAGUCAUCUCCUCUUCCCAACAACAUCGGCGUCUUCCAAGGUUCUGCUCUCGGCCCUCUGCUCUACUGCGUCUUCGCGAACGACUUAUCCUUGUUCACCGGAGACGCAGUGGUAGCACAGUACGCCGAUGACACACAAAUUCUGGUCUCUGGCAAAAAAUCUGACAUGCAAAGCGUGGUCAGGAAGAUGGAAGCAGUGCUGACUUCCAUCGACCUUUGGUUCCAGGCCAACGGCCUCAAAGUUAACGCAGGAAAAACUCAGCUGAUGUUGUUGGGAAGCUCUCAAAAUCUGCGCAACGUUCCCGGCCUCUCUGUCAAAUUCCGCGAUCAUGAUUUACUCCCUGUCUCGGAAGUUAGAAAUCUCGGUUUAACAUUCGAUAGCACGCUCAGCUGGACUAGUCACAUUUCUUCUCUCACAAACCGCUGUUUCGGAACCCUUCAUGGUCUAUCACAUCUAAGGAACCACCUCCCACCAUCGGCUGUCACCGUCAUCGUCCAAGCCCUCGUUCUCUCGCAGGUCCGAUACUGCAUCUCAGUAUACGGCAACUGCACGCAGACAAACCUCUCUCGGCUCCAAAAAAUAAUUAACUAUGCUGCAAAGGUGAUUUUCGGCCGCAAAAAGUACGACCAUGUAUCGGACCUGCUGGAUAACUUGGGCUGGCUCAGCGCUGAGCAGCUUGCUCAGUAUCACUCUCUGUGCCUGCUGCACAAGGUGCGGCGAUCAGGCGAGCCAGAAACCCUGGCUGCCCAGCUGGUGCAGGUAUCGCAGACGCGGCAGCGAUCCACCAGACAGGACCGCAAUCUGUCAGUCCCACGAUCGCGGACAGCGAUGGGGCAGCGCCGGUUCUGCUGCCGGGCGCCCCUCGCCUACAACCAGCUCCCGUCAGAACUGACGCGUCUACCGGCCCACCUAUUUGGUCGGCACCUCCAAUCCCACCUACGGGGAGGCGAGGUGACUUAGACAGCGGCCAUGAGUCUGUAUGAGUGCAUGUGUAUGUUUGUUUGUGUGUACGGGCUUUGAGCGUAUUUAUCACGUUAUUUUAUGUUAUGUCUCCCAUGCAGAGUUUUAGCCCUGUACGAGCGGCCGUAAUAGCCACGAGUGUAUCGUGGAUGGCUUCAAUACACGUCUAUGUCUAUGUCUA